UUGUACAUGAGAACAUUCAGAUGGUCACCAGUGAGCCAGAAUGAGAGCUCGCCUGAACCGUCUGGACUAAAAACUCUCUGAUGUUGUUCUGCUUCACUUUAUCAGAGUCACAAUGUUCACAUGUUGUCUGUGAUCUGGGAGAGGUUCAGAGCUGCAGCUGGAUCAGUACAAACAUCAUCAUUACAAUGACAGGGCUUUUAUUUUAGGAGAACCUGAACAUGUUUCCUCUGUGCUGUGUGCCGUCUGCAUUCACUCUGAACCAGGAACAUAUAAACUGAUAUUUACACGUCUGAACAAAUCUCACAAGUGUUCCUUUUAUUGUGACACCAGAAUGAUUGAAACAGACCUUGUGGUUGCAGAUAAGCGGUUGUUAUUAUGGGAUGUCAUUUUGGAGCAGAGGCCUGAAACACAGCUCGGGGCUCAUUAAUUACUGGCUUGAUAAGAUUAAACGAGAGUGGAACCGGCCCGAAAAGUUCCCGACAGUGCACACGUGAACUUUAUCCACACUUUAACUUUGACAUAUGAUUUAAAAACUAAAGUUAAUCACAGUUGAAUAGAUGAAUGAGUGCAAAUAAAGAAAUGACAGCGCUGCUUCUAUUAUCUGAUAUUCUGUGAACUUCACACCCUUGAUAAAUAUGAAAGCUAACAUGUGCACAAAGGCACAAUAAAAUACCAAACAACGCCUCAUAUUUAUUUAUUUAUGUCCUUUGUUGAGUUGCAUUUGUCUUCAUCUGUAAUAAAAUAAAGUGUUCAAAGGGGUGAAAUAGUUCAAUAAACGUGUAUGAAUAGCUGAAGUAGUUUAUUAAAUCUAUUUAGACAGUUAAACAAGUAGAGGUGUGUAAACUCUUGAGAUAGUUCAAUAAAAGCUGAAAUCACAACAUAAAAGUGUCUAAAUGGUUGAGGAGGUUCACUGACGGGUUAAAACAGUUCAGUAGUGGACAGAAGGGUGACAUGUCUGACUCAAAGUGGGAAAAUGGUGGAAAGAUUGUUGGAAACAAACCUAAAACCAAUAAACCAGUCGUAACACAGAGAUGCUAAACGUGAGCCGGAGUUCAACCCAAACCUUAACCCAACCAACACAAACCCAGCCGGAGCUCUGACACCGACUUCCAGCCCUGAAGACACGUGAACAUCAGCUGGAGGCGUCAUAAAGACAUAAAGCAGAGCUGCAGCUCCUCGACUGUUAGACGUGUCCUCGUUUGACACCAGGAUCUGUGAGGAAACAGGAGAAUCGUCCCGGAGACGCUGCAGAGCUCAUAAUGCUCAGAACCUGCAGGAGUCUCACUGGGUUUAGGUUCUGACAACUUCUCAUGAAGUUACCUUCAUCCAACAACCUUUAAUCACCGUUUACUGCAUCACCUGGACAAACAGGUUUUAAGUUGACUGCUGCUAAAAAAAAAAAAAGCUUUGCACAUUAUUUCUAAUGAAGUUUUAGUGUUUUGUGCUGAACAACCACGAUCAGAUGGAUUUCUAACUGACUUUUCUAAUGUUAAGUUGAAUUUUUUCUGCAGUUUUAAUCGUUUUUAGGUUUUACUUCACGUAGCAGUUAUCAACAGAUUAAACAUGAGCUGGUUUUUAUACUGUCACUGUUUUAAAUGUUACUUUAAAAGCUGUUUGUUAUCAAAUCUGUCCAAGCUGCGGCUCCUCGGUUCAGAAGCUCAAAGUGAAGAACAAUGAAACGACGGAGCUGCUUUCAUGAAGUCAGGACGACUUCAGUUCAGGUUUAAUGUGCAGAUUAGAGUUCAGACCACACACAGCGUUCUUCUGUCAGCGCAGCGGAUCAACGUUUGUUCAAGGUUCUUCUGACUGCGUGUGUUGGAUUCUGUUCUUCUGCUGCAGGUUUUAACUGGAUGGUCGGCGUGCUGAAGAAGAUCAUCGAGGCAGCGACGGGACAGAAGAAUGAGCUGAGGAUACCUCCACUGAUCGAGUUCUUUGGACCAGACACCUUGAAGGUCAUGGAUGAACGUCCGUCUCCGAGGUUUAUGGGGACCCACUUUCACCCCGACAACAUCCCAAAGAGCUUCUACGAGAAGAAGACCAAGAUGUUGGUGAUCUUCAGGAACCCCAAAGACACCAUGGUCUCCUACUAUCACUUCUCCAACAACAACCCAGUGCUCCCAUCAGCACAGUCCUGGGACGCCUACUUCUCCCAGUUCAUGAGUGGAGACGUCGGCUGGGGCUCGUACUUCGAUCACGCCAUCGGCUGGGACAAGAAGAUGGACGAUCCCAACGUGAUGGUUGUGACGUAUGAAGACCUGAAGCAGAACCUGACCGACGGCGUCCGUCAGAUCUGCAGCUUCUUCGGCUUUAAGCUGUCGGAGGAUCAGAUCCAGCAGAUCGCAGGACAGAGCACCUUCAGCGCCAUGAAGCAGGGCUCCGCCAGCACCCACGGCAACCUGGGCAACGUCAUCUUCAGGAAAGGAGAAGUGGGCGACUGGAAGAACCACUUCACAGCAGAACAGAGCCGAGAGAUGGACGAGGUCUUCAGCAAACGUCUGGCAGGAACCAGACUGGGAGCAAAACUGGACUACCAGCAGCACUGUCAGUAGGAGGACCGGUUCUGGGGCUGCUCUGCUCAGAGCUGAGUCGGAGGAGCAUCUUCAGGCAGUUUGGAGCUCCACACCAACAUUUAAACAUCUUCUAGGAAAGCGCUGCCUGGGAGACUCAGCUCAGGGCUCAGAGUCCCAGCAGGGAGAAAAGGGAAAACGUGCAUUAGGAUUGAAUCUGAUUCUUACUCAGGUCUGUGAACUUCUGUUGUGCGCAGCAACAUGUUCAAAGAUGUCAAACUUCUCCUCCGAACACCUCACGAGCACCUCCUGUGGUUUUCACCUGAAGUCUGACUGAGCGCUUAAAUAUCAGUAAAUAAGUCCAGAUUCACUGUGAAGUGAUUGAAAACAACCAAGUCCUCAACAUCCAUCAGCAUGUGAGUGUUCCUAAGACACGUGGAAGAAGGGGAACUAGUUCAUGAAUCACUAUGAGGGAAAACAGAACUCCUUUCUAUUCAUUUUAGAAUCAGAACCUGGAUGAUGUGACGUGAUCUUGGGUUCUAUCGUCCUGCUUGCUGUUCGUACUGACAAAUUUUUUACUUUUCUGGAAUUUUUAAUUGAAAUCAGAGUUUGAAAUGAGAAGUUUGGUGAUCAAAGUGCAGAUGUUCCUCUGUUUGUCCCCUGAUCAGGGUUUUCACAAUCAAAGCUCCGUUGUGUUGGUUCUGUUCAGUCCAUCGUCAUGAAGCCAAGCUGGAGGUGACGACUUCUCUUUAUUCUUUUUUUCCUCUGGGUUUGAUUUUCCUGCUAAAUAACACUUGAAUGCAUCGGCUCGGCUCGUAGUUUGGUCCACGGCAGUUUCAUUUACUGAAGCUUAAAACCAAAUCCAGCGACUUAACGGGUGAACUCUCUUCAUGCCGGCAGCUACCUGAAACCACGUUGGCCUCUUUUAAAUAUCCACAAUCACUGUUUGAACUGUUGUACAGGACGAGAUGAGAAAUAAAUGCAACUGUAUAAUUUCAA